AUGGAGUAUUGGCUUGAUGUUGUUGAGCCGUAUGACAAGUUGAGUGAGUCCGUCGAUGUAACCGCUCUGGGAGUUGAAUUCAGCGAAAACAGCGUUCUCAACAGUCAAUAUGAGCACGCGGUGGAGCAGAUGUUCAACGUGAUGGUGGAGAGGUUCCAGAAGUUCUGGCUCCACAACGACUUCUUGUACAACUGGUCAAACCUGAAGAAGAAACAGGAGAGAUGUCUGAAGAUACUGCACAAUAUGUCAAAUACGGUUCUAAAAACACUUAAAGCUGCUUACGUAAACAAUGAUAAGAAUGGAAUAGAAGCAUCGACAGGUACAAAAUUCAAGGCGUUUUUGGACCUUCUACUAGAAUUAUCUACAGAGAAAGGAGCGUUCAACGAUUUGGAGAUAAGAGAACAAGUAGACACCAUGAUAGUAGCAGGUCACGAAACGUCAGCUAAUGUUCUUAUGUUCACCUUAGUUAUGAUUGGAUCGUAUCCGAAGGUGCAGAAGCGAAUAUUUGAAGAGCUACACGACUUUUUCGGGAACGAUGACAGAGAUGUGACAAAGCAAGAUUUAUCUCAAUUAAUAUAUUUAGAGGCCGUGUUGAAGGAAACAAUGCGGGUGUACCCCCUCGUGCCUGUGACUGCGAGGUGGCUUGACAGAAAUGUCAAACUAAAGAAUUACACAUUAACCGCUGGUCGCACGUGCGUUAUGUUAGUGUACGGGGUCCAUAGACACGCCAUGUGGGGACCUGACGCCGAGGAGUUCAAGCCCGAACGCUGGCUGGACCCGGCGACUCUGCCACACAGUCCCAACGCCUUUGCCGCAUUUAAUAUUGGCAGGAGGAUCUGUAUUGGUAAAUCGUAUGCGUAUUCAUCAAUGAAAACAACAUUGGCUCACCUAUUACGUCACUACCGAGUACAAGCCGACCACAAAAAGAUGAUACUAAAAUGUGACGUACUGCUCAAACCCGAAUGCGGCCACUUCAUAUCCAUAGAGAAGAGAGAAAAUGUGAAUUUCUGAAUUCGUGACACAUGUAUUUAAUCUUUAUUUGCUAAUAAAAAAAACAAAAAAAUAGACUGACUGCGCUGCCAACAAACAAACCAAACGCGUAAUAAACGAUAUCCUCGUCGACAAUUUACAUAAUAUGUUGCGAAUAUUUGGUUUUGAUUUGUUUGGUAAUUUUGAAGCGAUAUUAGUUCUUUGGACAUUUAAUUUGUAGUUAUAGUUAUGUUUUUUUUAAUUUGCAAUAAUAUGCGAAUAACGAAUGCAAAGUACACUAAGGUCCAAAUGUAAAGAGUUCUUCAGUCUCAUCGUAGGUUAAUUGUUGCAGGUAACAUUUUACUGUUCUUUUACAUUUAAGACAGGGAAGGGGAUAUAUAUUACAAGCUUUAUUGAUGGUGUUAUAAAGGUGACAACUGAUACUGGGGUAACUACGGCUUGCUAAAGCAGUUUUGAUAGUUAUAGGAGGGCAAACCAGAUGCUUACGUCGUUUGUUCUUAAAUGACGCUGGUUCAUAAGAAAGUGUUGAGUGUACACGUAAGGUGAUAUGUAACGCACAUAGCUGUCGAACAGUGAGUACUGAAAUGUCUUUGUAUAGCUGGGUAGUCGGAUACCGAUACGGUUUGUGGAGCAUGACUUUCAGAACAGCUCUUUGUGCCCUCUGAAGGCGAAGUAAAUAUGUUUUAUAUGUUCCACCCCAUGCAGAUAUACAAUACGUAAGGAGUGACUGAGCUAAAGCAAAAUAAACAGUUUUUAGCAAGGGGCCUGCAAUUACAUUUCUUAAUUUUUUCAUAGGGAACAUAAUUUUGCGAACACGCGACACAGUCACAUCGAUAUGUUUCUGCCAACUCAAUGUGCUAUCGAUGUAAACACCUAGAUAUUUAACACAGGAGCUUCUAUGUAAGGAAGGACAGUGGCAAGAGGUGCCUGUGGAGUGGCAGUUAUGUGCUUUUACAUCCGGCAUGAUAGGCUGUGUAGCAGAGUUAGCUGAGAAAGCGAUGUAGUGGGUCUUACUUAUAUUCAGCGUAAGCAAGUUUAAUGAUAGCCAAUCCAUGACUAUGCCAAUUGCAUUUUCAGCUGCUCGAUGUGCAGAUUCCCAUGUUACGCCGUCUAUAAUAAGCACAGUAUCAUCUGCAUAGACUAGAAUAUUACAAUCUGGAAUUGACAGUUGGCACAAUCUAUUUAUGUAUAAUAAAAAUAAGGUAGGACCAAGUACGCUACCCUGAGGUACGCCGUAGGUUAGAUUCAGAUCGUCACUAACAUAGUUUUCAACCCUGACACGUUGACUGCGAUUUGUGAGAUAGUCAUGGAAAAGUUUUAGCGCUAUGUCUCUGACACCAUAAUACAAACAUAUCACAAAAUAUACAUAACACAGAAUAAAAUCACAAUUACAUUAGAAUAAGGAAUAUAUUAUAUUGGAAUAUAUUUAUAAUGGGCGUUGCAAUGCUGACCAAAUAGGGUUCUCCCUCAGCUUUGUAUGCUGGGUGCUCCUCUCUGGUGCACUCAGAGCUGAUCUUCCGCGAAAACCCUCACGAUUAUCCGCACGCCAGGUCCUUGUCAUAUAGGAUAUCGUGGCAGUAGGAAAAUAUUUAACUAACAUUACCAUCUUGUUGGCAUCAUAUUUUGACCAGUAAGGGAGCUGCAGCUACACGGUUUACUUUUGUCAUUUGAAUAAUUUCUUAAUUCCAUAAAAAUAUUACGCAUGAUGGUUUCACAUGUAGGUUAAUAUACUUAUAUGAUUGUAAGGAAUUACUACGAGAAUGUCGUAAGUUAUAAAUCAAUUACUGGGAGUUGAUGACUUUCGGAAGAAAUUAGAAAAUACUGGUAACCCCUUAUUUGUAGACGGUCAACGUCACUGUCAAAAACUGAAAUAAGAUCCUUGUGGGAAUAUAUAGACUAUACAGAUUAUAAUAUACAUUUGAA